AGAGAGGCGGGGCAGUGCAAUACUCGUCCACCGAAAAUAACCUGCAUGGGAGAGGCAGAGAGAGAGAGAGAGAGAGCGAGCAGGGUAUCUACACUGAAACAUCAAGACGACGGGCAAACAAACGCGGAAUUGCGAACUGCGCAAUCCUGCAGCUGAGCUCCGCGUUGUGCGCCCCGGGAGCGCGCAGGAAACCAGAGCGUCAUGUCUGAUACUCCUCAGAGGACCUGCAUGCGGGACGCGGCUUCCCUCCACCGUGCCAUGACCACGGAUUUCUUCCUUUCACAAAUGAAGGCGCACUUCUGUUUUUUUUUUUUACAGAGAAGACAUUGCAGUUCCUUAAUGUCGGGUGCAUCAUGAUGAUGAUGAUGAUGGGGAUGAUGAUGAUUUUGGGGCCUUUUCAUUUUUGGAAAAGACUAGAAGGUUUUGGUCGCCGUGUCACUGAUGUUUGUGCAUGGCCACGUUCACAUCACCGAUCACAGCUGCUUCGUGGUAGAAGUGUGCCGUCUGUGCAUGCAUGCAUGCGUGUGUGUGUGUGUGUGUGUACAGAGAGAGUUUAGGUGAAUAGCACCAGUGCAGGUUAUUUGCAUUUGGGAAUUGUGACUUUGAAGCCGCUGAGGAUUUGUGCUGCGUGUCAGCGCGAGGAGAAACUGCGCAGUUGCAUUUCGCUCUUUGGAGGAUUUAUUUAUUUAUUUAAUUUUUAAAUUUUUUUUGUACCAAACCCAAGAAGCCGCCUCCCAUCUCGAACCUUCGCACGUUUGCAGCUGUUGGUGGGCUAAAAUGGAUAAAAUGUGGUUGGCCAACGUGAGAAUCGCUCUGGAUGAAAACCUCCAUCAACCGACAUGCAUUACAACACUGCGUCCAACCAGCUGGUCAGCCAAAGUCUUCGAAAGCUGCACUUGGAGGAAACGGCCAGGAAGGAGCCACUCCCAUACAGGAAGAAGACAACAGACCACUGGUAGUUCUUCAAACAGCUUGUGAGCGUUGGUGUGUGGCCCUCUCUCUGCUGCUGUGGAGGGCUUCACACACAGCUAGUGUGGCUGGAUGCAUCACACCGUGGAACAAUUUGGCACGCGCAGCUCACGGGACCCUUUCCCUCUGGAUGGAAUCAGCCGGGGACGAUGGGAUCCCAUGGGUCGCUGGCCUCCUCCCUCCAGGUUCUCACCGGGUGGUCAACCUCAGUACCUUUCUCACCUCCCACCCAAUCACAUAACGAGACUAAAUCAUCCAAGUAAAUGUUACAACAGUGGGCCAAUGGCACUUGGAGGGGAAAAGCUGGACUUACCUCAGGCCUUGUUACCAGGAAUACACAGGGAUCUCCGGGUGCCCCAACCCCCUCCCCGUAUAUGGGGUCAGCAUUAUGAGCCAUUGCCCAGCCAUGCCCGUUUGCACAAUGCAUACAAUGCUGGACCACCUGUACACCUUACAGCCCGAGCCAACCAGCUGUUAAAGUAUGGUCCCCCUCCAUUGCAACAUGGGUCCAGACCCCUGCCACAAAUUACAGACCCAUGGGAACAGUCUCAACAGCAGCAUCAACAACUGCCCAGAGGCCCUUUCUCUCAGGCUGGCCAGUUAAGCGGCCAGCAUCCUCACUGGGAGAGCAUUCGGUCAUUCAGCACACCCCUCUUUCACUAAAUAGGCCCCAUGAGGAUACUCCCAGUCCAAACAAGAGGAAGAGAAGUUCUGACUCAGAACAGCGGAUGAUUGGCAACCACCAAUACUCAGAGUCGGUGGGAAAUUCAGUGCCCUUGCUGCAACAGCCUCAGUCCCAUUAUCCCCCACUGCAAAAGGGGGCAGCAACUUGGACCCCAGUAGAACGUAAGAUGGACCACAAUGAGUUUCAGGAAUUGCACAAACAAGACAUGGGUAACUACAGUUACAAGAAGUUCCCAUCCUCCAAACCUUCACCCAACUCAUCAUCUCCCAUAACUUCCACCAGGGGCAGUGAACAAGGGCGUGGUCCUCCACCCCAACCUCUUAAGCCUUCUCAAUCACCACAGCAUUCUUCUCACAAUGUUCAACUCCAUCAAACAUUCCCUUUCCCUAACAACAGGCCUUCAACUCCGACUCUAGGGGAACACCAGGCCAUUCCCACCCACAAAGUGCAUCCUUCUGGGGUGAGAUCUACUGGCAGCCAUGCACCCCUGCCACAACCUCCAUCGUCUUUGGCUGAUAGAGAACGCCCUGUCCCCACACCAGCACAUCACACCACCGUGCCUUACAGCCACCCCAAAUUCCAGCCCCAUCCAGGGCUGGUUCCCACCACCAGCCCCUCUUCCAACAGCGGGAUACAGUCUGCAGCACCUCAAUGCAACCCACAUAAGCCCUGGAGGAACCAGAUGAAACAUGAUAACCAGGCCUCAGAUCUGGGUCCUUACAGAUCCGUGGUCUCUCAGUUUUCCUCUUCAUCUCUGCAGCAACAGCAGAAUAGAACUGGGCAGAAUCAGGAUGAUUGCACCUCUCAGGCUCGGGCACCAGUGAUCACUUCUUCAAUGCCAAGCCUGGAAACUUCAGGUCCUCCUUGUUCAAUGGGACUUUUCAGCAGUGUAGACAUUGUGUCCACUAUGAGCUCUGUGCCCUCUACUAAGGAUUCUCUGGUCAGCACCGUUAAAAGCUGGAAGACUACACACUCGUCAGUCUCAAACCCCAAUCCAACUCCAUCUGCACAAGGUCUCCCACACCAGGAGUAUCAGAGAGCCCAUUCUGGCACAGUAAGCCAUCCAAACCUCCAACAGAAGGCACAAAAUCAGCAUCAGGAACCCCAUCUACCCCACCAAGGGCAGGACAGAAAAGUGUCCUCAGCCGCUUCCUCACUCAUCUCAGGGUUUCAGAGAUCAGGAAAUAGUGUCAUCACCAGCAAGGCCAUUGAAAACCUCUUGCAGGCUGCAAGUUCGCCUCUUCAUCACACACAGCCUGCAGUGUCUAUCACUGUGAAUGCAGGCCCUCACCAACAGUCUGACUCUUUGCAUCAUGAACUGCCUAACCAGGCAGCCCCAGUUUUAUCUCAGGAGCGACCUGUCCAAAAUUAUCAAAGGCCAUGUCAUGAACCCGCCAUCUCUAGCCCUCAGUCCAUUAAGGAAGCACUUGAAAAGCUUGAUGCUGAGCUUCAGGACCAUAUGCGAGCUGAAGAGAGAAGGAAGGAACAGGAGGAAGAAGAGAGAAAACACAGCACAGAGAUUAACAAAUUAAGAAACAGAAAGGUAAAUGAGGAGUCUGCAACUGAGAAUCUGGAGAGCUUGCUGUCACCACCCCCUCCAUGCCUGUCUCCAGCUAUUAGACCUUCCACAGUUUCACCACCAUCUCACACAUCUCCACCUUUCCCCUGGCUGAGCAGGGGAGGUGUGCCUACACGUCAGAUGGCACCCGGGGCAAAUUCUGUAGAAAGGUCUCGACCACCUCCUCUCACCCCUCAAACAGACUAUGCGCGUGAAAAGCAGAGGCAGAGAGCGCAAUGGAAGGCUUCGGUCACUCCUCAUCCACAGAAUACCUCAGAGAUUCUCACAUCUGUAUUUUCUUCUAAACCUAUCCCGGUAGAUGCUUCAAAUAAAACAAUACAGGCAAACCCUCCAAACCUGCGUGAGCCCCCCAAACUUUACCAGGCCUUUCCCAAGGACACUUUUUCACCAAAAGACACAAGUCCAACCAACAAGCAGUCAGGUGGUGAGCUCAGCAGUUUAGGCAGCAGUGCCAGCAGCUCCACUGGCGAUUCUGAUAGUGCCCAAUUUGAGGAAGAACCAUCUGAGCUCUUGCCUGAUGGUCUGGCAAACAUUAUGAAGAUGCUGGAUGAGUCAAUUAAGAAGGAGGAGGAACAAUACGCUGGUCAGAGUAGUGGGCAGCCUGAUCCAGAUCUACCCUUUUCACUUUCAGUGGCACCCAUAAAAAGUUAUUCAUUUGCCCCUGAACUUAUGCCUGCCCUGAACCGGCUAUCUACAGAGGAUUAUUCAACUGAUACCCAUGCUAGCCCACCUGUCCUAAGUCGUCAGGGAUCUUUGGCAUCCCCUUGCAGUCGUACUUCUUCACUUGAAGAGGAGGAUACAUUAAAAAUCACCCAAAAAUCUGACUGUACUGUCAGUGCUCAAUCUCAAGAUAGUGGUAUUGGGAUCACAGGAAGUAGUUAUCGCCAUAGUGACUUGGCCAAGCUUUAUGGAUUAUCAGAGGGACUAAAAAGUGAGUGUGAGGAGGAUGAGGAAGAAACAGAACAAGAAGACUAUACACCUUCCUAUUCUCCACCACCUAUGAGGCCACACCUGCAUCAGACAGGUGUGAACAGCAUGUUUAAAAAUUUAGCCUCUAUGUUGGAAAGCCAGAAGUAUACCUACCGUGGAGGACCAUUUGGUCGACCACCUCCUUCAGCUCUGGUAGGAGUGAAGUACUCAUCGUCACUUUCAUUGGGCCCAGAUAUCUGCAGACAACAAAAUACUUCUCCCACAUCAGGCUCAAACAAUCACCCAGGCUUUAGUCAUAAAGCCCAAACCUCAAUGAAUUCUAGUUUUGAACAAACACAUACUCUCUCACCAUCAGCAUCAACACCAGAAAGAAAAGGAGAUGCUGUAGUCUGCCAGUCUGAUCUCUCUGGAUGUGAGGAGGAAGACAGUGUGAGAAAGGGUCUAAUUGAUGAAGAAGAUCCUAGAAUUGUAAAGGACUCCUCAGAGUUAGAGGGGAAGCCCAAGCUCACAACAAUCUCAGAAUCAUCACUUGCAGAGCUAGGUCGUAGUUGUGAGGUGAUGCUCAACCGACACAGUAUCCCCUCAGAGACGUCAUCAGACCACAAUAAGAAACAGAUGCUGCACAUAUCUGACAAAGAUAGGAAGAGAGAGCGGGACUGUAACUCGGAGAAGAAACACAAACGCAGCAGUAGCAAAAAACAUGAGGAAAGGAAAGAGAAAAAGAAAAAACACAGAGAAAAACACGAAAAUGUAUCUCUGUCUUCAUCAUCAAGCUCAACCCGAAGACACAAGGAAAGCAAGUCACACAAAGACAAAAGGGGCCACAUAGACUGUCAGAAAAGGAGCUCUGGGAGAAAGAAAGGGAAGGAGAGAAAAAAAAAGAAAGAGGAAGGUGAAAAAGAGGAAUGGGUAUGCCGGAACAAGGAGAAGAGUUUUAAAACAGGAGGUUCUCCAUUGGAUCAUACAUCAUCUUCACCUGCGUUGGGCUCAGCAGACUUGCAGAAGUUAAAGGCUCUGACAGAUGGCCCACCCAAAGAGCUAAAGAUUCGUCUGAUUAAAGUGGAAAGUGGAGAUCGAGAAACCUUCAUUGCCUCUGAAGUUGAGGAGAAGAGAAUUCCACUUGAGGAGAUCACCAUCAAGAACACUGCCAGUGAAAUUAUCAGAUCAUGCAAGGGUGCUCGUGUCAAGGGGAAAUUCAAGGAGUCCUAUUUACUUCCAUCCUUCUCUGUGAAGCCUGUUUUGACCAUGGAGCACCCAAUCCCACGGGAAAAGCUCAACCCUCCUACACCCAGUAUCUAUCUGGAGAGCAAGAGGGAUGCUUUCUCUCCUGUGCUGCUUCAGUUCUGCACAGACUCCAAGAAUCCCAUUACCGUCAUUAGAGGACUAGCGGGCUCUUUAAGACUGAAUUUGGGUCUCUUCUCCACAAAGUCACUGGUGGAGGCAAAUGGAGAACAUGCAGUGGAAGUGAGAACUCAGGUGCAGCAACCAGCUGAUGAGAACUGGGAUCCCAGUGGCACUGGGCAAAUCUGGCCUUGCGAGAGCAGCCGAUCACACACCACCAUAGCCAAGUAUGCCCAGUACCAGGCCUCCAGCUUCCAAGAAAGCCUACAGGAAGAGAAAGGCAGUGAUGAUGAGGAUUAUGAUGAUGAGAAGAAACCUGUCAGUAACUCGGACAGCACAGGCGGUAACCCCUCAAGCUCCAGCUCAGAGCAAAAACCUGUGGGAAAAAUCAUCAAAUUUGGUACCAACAUUGACCUCUCUGAUCACAAGAGGUGGAAACCCCAGCUACAGGAGCUGCAGAAGUUGCCAGCAUUCAUGCGUGUGUCCUCCAGUGGAAAUAUGCUCAGUCAUGUAGGCCACACAAUACUGGGCAUGAACACUGUACAACUUUACAUGAAGGUCCCUGGCAGUCGCACACCAGGUCACCAGGAGAAUAAUAAUUUUUGCUCUGUGAACAUCAACAUUGGUCCUGGAGAUUGUGAAUGGUUUGCUGUCCAUGAUAACUACUGGGACGCAAUCAGCAAUAUUUGUGAUAAACAUGGAGUAGAUUAUCUGACUGGCUCUUGGUGGCCUGUGUUGGAGGAUCUCUACAACGCCAAUAUUCCAGUGUACCGCUUUAUCCAGAGGCCUGGAGACUUGGUGUGGAUCAAUGCAGGCACUGUGCACUGGGUACAGGCUGUGGGCUGGUGCAAUAACAUUGCAUGGAACGUGGGGCCACUGAAUGGAUACCAGUACCAAUUGGCUCUGGAAAGGUUUGAAUGGAAUGAGGUGAAGAAGGUCAAGUCUAUCGUGCCCAUGAUUCACAUUUCCUGGAAUCUGGCCCGUACAGUUAAAGUUACAGACCCAGACUCUUACAAGAUGAUUAAACACUGUCUCCUGCAGUCUCUGAAGCACAUCCAAAUUCUCAGAGACCAGCUGGUAGCUACAGGGAAAAAGAUCUCUUACCAGAGCAGAGUCAAAGAUGAACCAGCCUACUACUGCAAUGAGUGUGAUGUGGAGGUGUUUAACCUGCUGUUUGUGACGAGUGAGAACGGCAGUAAGAAGUUGUACGUGGUGCACUGCGAGGACUGCGCCAGGCAACGCAGCCCCAAUUUCUCCAAUGUAGUGGUGCUGGAACAAUAUCGUAUUGAGGACCUGAUGAACACUUACGACACCUUUACCUUGGCUUCCAGCUCUCGGUGAAAUCAACUCUGCCAUCCACCCAGCCAUAACCAAAAGUCUUGCUUACCAGGACAGUUAGAUUUUGUUUUAGUCAAAUCUUUAUUCCUUAAUUUUCCUGCAUUUGUAAUUUGUAAAAGUACAACUACUGGUAAUACUUGUCGAACAGCCAAUCAUAAACCAGUUUACAUCACGUUGUUUACAAAAUCCAAUAAGCCAUCCAACAGCGGCCCAACACACCAACCUCUGACUGGUCUUAAUGGACUUUACAGUGGAAUGCAGUUUGUGCUAUCACAUGUAAUUAAUGACAAAAAUGGCAUCUCGGAAUUUACAUACUUUGCCUUUUUUUUUUUUUUUUCGUUCUUUUUCUGUCUUGGAUACUGAGAUGUGUAAAUGCUGUUAAUAUUUUUCAUGGGUGCUGUUCUUUUUUUUUUUCUAUUAAUUUAUUUUAACAUCUAGAACAGCCUAGAUGUAUACCACAUUGGCCUUGUGACUUGUAUUUAGUGAAGAUAUAAAUGAAUAAUACUAAUAAUAGAUAUAUGAACAUUUUUCUAAAGCAUUAAGAAUACAAAAAAAUAACUUUUGCUUGGAAUGGCUCAAAAGAUACGGGUUAAAAAAAAAAAAAAAAAAAAAAAAGUUUAGAUACUGUCUGAGAAGCUUGUGUAGUUAAUGAUUUUAUUUCCUUACAAUAAAAUCCAUUGUUACGAGAGCAUUUUAAGAUUACAUCAGGUCUUUUUCCAUCAUAUAUAUAUAUUUUUUUGCGAGAUUACAAUUCAUUAGUUUUAGUGAAUUGUUUUACCUCCUUUGUGUUGUUUUUCCUUUUUAUAUAUAGAUUUGUGAUUUUUUUUUUUUUUUUGCAAUUGUACAUUUUAUUUAACUUCUUUCUUCUAUUUAUUGACUAUUAUCUUCUCCUUGUUUAGAUUCAUCAGAGAUGUCUGUUUUUCAUUACUUUGAGGAUGUUUUGAAAGGAGAGUUUCAGGGGUGCUCAGUCAAUAAAAGGAGUAAUGUUUUCUGGCUGUUCUGAGGUACAGUGACUCCUCUCUCCUGUAGAGUGUAGAAGGCAGAGCAGUUGUAGUUCGUCUGACUAAAUGCUGUCUUUUGUAUAGAGAAGCAAAAGGCCACUUUUUAUUACUACUUUUAACCUUUUUUCUUUUUCAAACCAAAAUUAGCAGCGAAAUUGGAUAUAAAUGAGAAGAAAUUUCAGAGCUGUUUCUAAGUAUCUACAUAUUUCGUGGUGCUCGAGUUUGUUUGAAAUGUUUUUUUCUGAGGAACACAGUCACUAUGACAACCGUGAGGCAGAAUAUCUGCUCUUAAAUCUUAAAUCUGACUGCAGUUGGUUAUCAGAAACCAAAUAUUGAGGGUAUUUUUUUUUUUUUUUUUUGAGGGUAAGUGUUUUUGUUUGAAAAUUUACAUGAAACUGUAAAUACUGUGGCAUUUUACUGGAAUGAGGUUAAUUGUGAAACGAAUUAUUCAUUCGACUGAAACUGUAAUUUCGUUUUCAUUUUGUCCUAAGCUUGAAUCAAUUAUUUCACAUUUAUUGAAACUGUUGGUUACGAUUAUUAUCCAGAAGGUGCUGUUCCCUUUGAACUACUUUUGUCUUUUUCAGUUUUGUUUCUAAAGAAAAAAAAUCUAUUUUUCCUGUUGCACUAUAUCUUCUGUUUGUGGUCAUUUAUUUAAAAUUCUGCACUGUUUUAGAGAGUUCACACAGAACGCAAACUGAGCCAGACACGUCUUAAACACUUCAUGAAUUUGUGUGACAUUACUACGAUUAUUAAUAUUAAAUGCUUUUGAUAAACUUGGAGUGUAAUUCAUCUAUUAAUUAAAGGACAUUGUCUUUCCUA